AUGCGCAGAAUGUCAGAUCAAGCUGAUGGUUUAGAUGACGGGCUUGCCUACAGCCACAACAACUCUGAACAUGAAUUAUCAGAGCACGGUAGUGAUGUAGAAGAAUGCCUUACAGAAACGAAGGAGAACGUCAAUAUUGAAGUGAGCUCCAAAAAGCGAAAAAACAAAACUGACAAGUUGUCACAGAAGAAAAAGCAGAAAAUGGAGUUCGACAUCGAACAAAAGCGAAGUCUUGCAAAAGAGUCCCCUGAAAUUAUUUUCGAUAGAUUAGCAUUGAAGGUUAGACAGCAUAAUCCGAAUCUUUCGGCUUUGGAAUUGAGUGAUUUAUAUAUAAAUAAAUCGUCAUUGAAAAGUUCACAAAACUUUGUCAUUGAACGAACGCUAGAUCAUUUGAAGGAUUUCCUACAGUCAAAUCUUCAGAAAAUUCUCAAUGAGAAGAAGUUCAUUUUGAUAUUAUCUGUCUCCGCAAGACGCGCUUGUGAUGUGUUCCGAGCUACAAAAUCAAUUCCAAAUGGUGCCCUCAAAUUGAUAAAUAAAAACAAGCUUCAGGACGAUUUAGCAGUUCUCAAAAAAUCAAAAUCUAGAGUUCUUGCUGCAACGGCCGGAAGGGUUGCGAAGAUAAUUAAUCACGAAGAUAACGUUCUGGAGCCAGAGAGUAUUGGAGGAAUUGUGUGUGAUUCCACUUUCCUUGACACCAAACUUCAAAACGUAUGGGACUACAAUGAGACUUUUCAAGUCAUUCAUGAGAUCACUUCUAAAAACACACACUGCAAAGUCUAUUUGUUCUGA